AUGAUUUCACGGCUUGCAGAACCCUACCUCAGCGAAGAUCAGAAGGCUGAUAUCUUGCUCGCUGCAAGCCUCAUAUGCGAUUGCAAGGACGUCCUUGCACUUAUGAGGUGGCUCAGGUUAGAUAUCUCGACCCGAUCUUUGCGAACGCUGAUUUACUCGGGCAAUCAUAUUGUUGUGGAAAGGCUGCUGGCGAGCCAGUCUCAGGACGAGUACUUAAACGGAGGACUGAAAGAGAGUCUCUUCAUGGCUGUGGAUCACUCUUCACUCGAGCUUGUGAGAAUACUCCUCGGGCAUGCUGACCUUACCCGAGACACUGAAGUCCUCAUGGAUGGCUUGAGUCGUGCUAUUCAGAAAUCAGCAUCCAAGGAAAUUUGUCUCUUGCUUCUAGACACAGGGAUUGAGAUUGAAGGCCGGCGUCAAGAGCAGUACUUGAGUGACGCCGUAAAGCAAGAUAACACGGAGCUGGCACAAGUGUUCUUGGAUUAUGGAGUCAACAUCAACGCUCAAGAGUCAUCGGGUGAACCGCCCCUUUACUUGGCUGCGAGAGAGGGCACGCUGUCCAUGGUGAAGUUCCUCGUCGAACGAGGCGCCGACGUCAACGUUCGAACUACCUUCAAGGGACUAACGCCGCUGUACGGAGCGACGCUUCAGUCGAGACCGGAAGUCGUAGAAUAUCUCCUAAGCAAAGGAGCCGACGUGACUAUUCCCUCAAAGGCACGAAAUUGGUCUCCUCUGGAGGGUGCGUAUGACUAUCCGGCCGUCAUGAUACAUUUGGUCACCAAGGCGUGGCCACCCCCCGACUAUCAUCGGGUGGCAGAGUUCGGCGACACCCAAUGUACAGCUCUUUUUCUCGCAGCGACAUACGGCAAGACGGAAAGCGUCAGGUUGUUGUUAAAGCAUGGCGACCCGGACAUCGAAUUCACGCCAUCCUCGGAUAUCGAGAAAGAAAAGGCGGAUACGAGAGGAUAUACUGCUCUAGCUGUUGCCAGCCUAUACUCGCAUACGGAUAUCGUGAGACUGUUACUAGAGCACGGGGCCAGUGUUGACCACCGAAUCCCGGGUACCGGUCUGACACCGCUCCACCUCGCACACAGCGGCGAUACGCUCGCAGUUUUGCUGGAAUACGGCGCCGACAAGGAAGCUAAAGACGACAAUGGCUACACGCCUCUCUUUUACGCCGUGACGAAGCAAGAUUCGAAUCUCACCCGGCGUUUGGUGAACGCCGGCGCCGAUUUCGAGGCCACCGACAAUUGGGGCCAUACCGCUCUCCUGAACGCCUUGAUCUAUGGCGAGCAGAAGAGCCGCGAAGAGAAUUGCAGAUACCUCAUUUCCAAAGGUGCUCCAGUCAACGCAAAGGGUCAAGAUAGGUACGGGUCCACCGUGCACAGGUGCUGCAGGUUCGGUGAAGUAGAAGAAGUAGCAUUGAUCUUGGAGCUGGGGGGUGAUGCGGGCCUCCGUUAUGGGAUGCAAGGCACCCUUCUCGAGGCGGCAUGCAAUAACGUCAACAAGAACGACUUGGCAGUAGUGAGAUAUCUUGUCGAGCAAAAUGGGAUUGACAUCAACGGUACGGGGAGUUACCUCCGCAGUGCCAUGGGAGAGGCGUUCCGGUCUGGCGACGAAUCACUCAUACGAUACCUGCUUGAAAAGGGUGGGAGUUUCAACACCCUAGACGGCAACGGACAACCGGCAUGGUUCAAUAUUUGUUCUAGAAAAGACGACGCCCUCGAGAUCUUUGACAUGCUACUAGCUGACUACGGAGCGGCCGACUUCUUAGCCUCGCUAAGGGAUAAGGACAGAAUGUCACGGGAUAUUCUGCACUGCGCAGCACGCUCGGGGCAUCUGGGACUUGUUGAGAGACUUGUCGACCUGGAUCCAAACCUAGUUGACAGCCGUGACGUCGACGGGUGGUCGGCCCUUCACUGGGCAGCGCGAAUGGCCUCCAUCGAAGGUCUCGGAGACGAAGAUGUCCCGCAGAAAUGGGAAGAGAAGGCUGAAAUCAUCAAGUUUCUAGCUCGCAAGGGAUGUCCCGGUUUGGCAGAACGUGUGUCCGGUGGCAAUGAACGCACCUGGAACGUACUGGAAAUCGCGGAAUACCACGGCGCGUCUGAAAUUAUCGUCGCUGCGUUCAGGGACGUGAUAGGGGACGCGCAAGUUCACGUCGAAGCAAACAAGGCGUUGUCCAGUCGCGCUGGAAGAUGGAUUUGCGAUGGCUGCAAUACUCUGAUUUGGGGUACCUUCCUCCUUUGCAGCGACAAUGAUUGUUACAAGAACUUUGGGCUUUGCUUCAAGUGCGCGCCUUACAAGGAUAAGCUUCAUGACCCGAAGCACGCCUUCGUCAUUGACGAACGGGGGUCCCCGGAAUGCCAAAGUCUGGUUUGA